ACUUUUUCCCUCAUUUUUUUUUUCUCUAACACGCAAUUACACACAAACAACAAGCACAACAAAACAAAACGAACUCUCUCUCUCUCUCUCUCACUCACACAAAAACUAACUGCCUUUUCUCUGUCUCUUCGUUUUCAAAUCACUAUGUCCACCAUUUUCAGAUCUCGCCGAGCCACCGAGCCCCGAUCGGGAGGCAAGAUGGUGCGGCCGAGGAGAGCCGCGGGUGCGAGGACUCCGUACGAGCGGCCAAGACUGGCCAAUCCGGAACUUGAAAACCCUAAUUGGCUCUCCAGGCUCAUCUACUCUCCUACUCGUACAAUCGCUACUGGUGCUGGAAAGCUAUUGACCAAUGUUUUCUUCCCCGAGUCUUCUGAGUCCGAGUCCGAGUCCUCUUCUGCCUCAUCUUCCGCUGACGAUUCUAGCUCCGAGCAUAAUAUUGAGAAUGAUGAUAGUGAUAUCUCUACUCGGAGGACUAAUAAAUUGAUACAGAAGAAGGAUGGGUCAUCAGAGAUGAUCAAGCACUUCAGGAAGGAGCCCCAGACAGCAGUUGGUAAGAGUGAGACUAAGUGUCUAAUUGAACAGUUACUCAUGCAGGAGACCUUCUCGAGGGAAGAAUGUGAUCGAUUGAUAAUGAUUGUUAAAUCAAGAGUUGUGGAUUGUCCCACUACUGAACAUGCAGAGGAUGGGGGACCAGAUCAUCUCUGCAGUACGGCUGUUAUGGAGGCAAAAAAAUGGUUAAAGGAGAAAAAGUUGACAAAUUCAAAGUUAGAGUUGGAUCAUGGAACCUGCACGUCAAAUUCUCUUAUGCCAUUACUUGUGACUGAAGAUCAAGCGGGUUCACCAGCGGAUAUGGCCAAAUCAUACAUGCGGGCACGUCCUCCAUGGGCAUCUCCUUCUGCAAAGCAUGUUGAAUUGAAAUCCCCAUCACCAAUAGGGAUGCAGCUUUUUGCGGAAGAAACACCAUAUUCAAUUGGUGGGAAUUCUGCAUCUUCAUCUAAGCUGAAAAGGGAGUCUCCAGCCACUGGCUCUUGGAAUAUCCAGGAGGAAAUACGAAGAGUGCGAUCAAAGGCAACAGAGGAGAUGCUAAGGACUCUGCCAUCCUCUAAAAUUGAUUGGUCUGCAUUGACUUUAGGACAUAAAAGUAGCCCAAAUUCUUUAGCAGCUGAAAAACUAGAAGAUGUUUCAUUGACACAAGAUGGACCGCAAAAGGAAGCUUUGUUACACAACCCAGAAAUUAUCAUUUCUGAACAAAAUCAGGAUUUGGAAGCUACUCGGAUCACUGAGGGAAAAGAAGUUGAUCUUGGUUUGCUGGAUGGAAUGGAAGGGAUAUUAAGCUAUGGAGAAAGAAUUCAGUCAUUAGAAGUUAUUAAGACUGUGUCACCCAGUGAUGCUGGUGCUGGCAAUGUUGAUGAGCUUAAGGACACUAUUGUGAUGAAAGAGCUACAUAACUCUAUUGUUGGAGGAACCCUACCAGAUUCAGCAUUACAUGAAGAAAACUUCUUAACAUCAAAAGAAGUGGCUGGAAAAGCAAGUGCAUUUGCUGGUGAUGUUUUUCCAUCUUCAGGAUCUAGCUUGAUUGCGGGACUGGAUACAGAACAAGUUCCCAUGCCAGUUAAUGAGGAAGACAACUGCAUUAGUUCAAGCCAUGAUAAGGUAGCUACAGGUGCCCCUCUGGAAGAAACUUGUGAGUUUUUGAGUGAAGCUUCUAUGGAGGUCCCAACAAAUAUAAAUGAAAUUGAUGCCAUUGCCAAUGACUCCCAAAACAGUUCUAGUAUGCGGUAUGAAGAGUUAUCACAGGACCUGUCUCAGCCAAUUUCAAAAAAUGAUAUGGUGGAUAAGACCAGCGCCGUUGUUGAGAAGCAACAAGGAAACAAAAUGAGCAGAUAUAAUAGGAGGGGCAGAUCCAGGGGAUCCAGGGGUAGGGGUAAAUGAUGCCAGAUUCUCAUGUUGUACUAUAACUGUAUAAUUUUAUGUAAACUAGUCUAGGAAAUUAGGGAUAAUGACACGGCAGGCAAGGCAUUUGUAAGUUAUUAAAUUGAUACUUAUUGAGUUUAAAUUAACUAGGUAGGGAUUUUUAUUUUCUUUUUCUUGAUUUCCUUCGGGUGUUUUACCCGAUGAGAUGUAGGUCCCCAUUUAGCCAGGAUUCCAAGAAGUUGGAAAUACUUGGGGUGUAACUUGUAAGAACAUUAAUGGGAAUACUUGCAUGAAAUGGAUUAUGCAUGUAGUCACAUAUUACCCUAGUGAAGUAGCCUUGCACCAUGGAAAGGAAACCUUAGUGCAAUGAAUUUGCAUCUAGUUAUAUCUUAACUUGAGUUUUCGUUAAAGCC